CAGUCAACUUCAGUUCGUUUUCCACUUCGGCACCAAACACUCGAUUUUGUGUCCGCUCCAGGCAAAAACUAAACUUACAAGAAGAAAAUACAGAUAGUUUAAAUUUGAAAAAAACCCAAACCAAACAUAGUCAAGAUGUGUGGUGGCUGGGCCUGUGCUUCCUACAACAUCGCCUGCUGCAAUCCGCGGCUGUCGACACUUCGAUUCACUGGCCGCUGUUUCGCACCCACGCCAUGUGGUCCAUGUAACGACUGCUCCGCCUGCGGCGGUUGCUGCGGCGGCUGCUGCGGAUGCUAGG